UCAAUACCGAAUCCCCAAAAUGACCUCAACUAAUGACCACCGCCAACAACCUCCCUCCGAUUCAGACUCCGACUUCGAUUCAGACACCGACUACGGCCACACUGGAUCCCGGCCCUUCCGCCACACCGAUCUCUCAAACUCUAUUUUCAAAGCCUACUUCGAAUCCACCAACCAAUCAUCACCUUCCACCUCCGACCUCAACAAAAUACAGUCCUUCCUCAACUCCUCCUCCUCCGGCGCCCUAUCAUGCCUCAUAUGCCUGGAGCGCAUCAGGCCCUCCGACCCCACCUGGUCCUGCUCCUCUCUCUGCUUCGCCGUCUUCCAUCUCAUCUGCAUCCAGAGCUGGGCCCGCCAGGCAUCCGAUCUAGCCGCCGCGCGCGCCGCCACACGCCUUUCCGUAUCUCCGGAACUCGCCUCCGUCUGGAACUGCCCCAAGUGUCGUGUCCAAUACACCAAAUCCCAAAUCCCUAAGAUCUACCUCUGCUUUUGUGGCAAAUUACAGGACCCGCCCAGUGAUCCGUGGGUUCUACCACAUUCUUGCGGCGAAAUCUGCGAUCGCCCUUUGAAGCACAACUGUGGCCAUCGUUGCUUGCUUCUCUGCCACCCUGGGCCGUGCCCCUCGUGCCCUAAGCUGGUGAAAUCAGUGUGCUUUUGCGGCGCCGUUAACGACGUUCGUCGCUGUGGCUUCAAGAAAUUCUUUUGUAACAAUGUGUGUUCGAAGCUGUUGGACUGUGGGGUCCAUAGGUGCACUGAAACUUGCCACGACGGGCCGUGCCCUCCGUGCCAUGCGCGUGGGGUCUACAGGUGCCAGUGCGGGAAGGUGGAGGAGGCAGAGAGGGAGUGCUGCGAGCGGAAUUUUCGGUGUGAGAAUCCGUGCGGGAAGGCGCUGGCUUGUGGGAAGCACGCGUGUGGGAAAGGAUGCCAUUUGGCCGGGGAAUGCGGUGGGUGCCCGCUUCAGGGGAAGCGGACGUGCCCGUGUGGGAAGAGAGUGUAUCAAGGGAUGCCAUGUGAUGUCGAGACACCGCCACUGUGCGGGGCGACUUGCGAUAAGACGUUGAGCUGUGGCCUGCAUAGGUGCCACGAGAGGUGCCAUCGCGGGCUCUGCAUUGAAACUUGCAGGAUUGUGGUCGCCAAGUCCUGCCGGUGUGGGAGCCUCAAGAAAGAGGUUCCUUGCUAUCAAGAUUUGCUAUGUGAAAGGAAGUGUCAGAGAAUGCGGGACUGUGGGCGCCAUGCUUGUAAGCGUCGCUGCUGUGACGGGGAUUGUCCUCCAUGCUCAGAGGUCUGUGGCAGGAAGCUACGGUGUAAGAACCAUAAAUGCCCUUCUCCAUGCCAUAGAGGUGUCUGUGCUCCCUGCCCAGUGAUGGUGACGAUUUCAUGUGCAUGUGGUGAGACACACUUUGAGGUCCCUUGUGGUACUGAGGCGGAUCAGAAGCCUCCUAGAUGUCCCAAGCCAUGUGAUAUUGUGCCUCUAUGCAGGCAUGGAUCAAAUUGCAAGCCACAUAAAUGUCAUUAUGGAGCUUGCCCCCCUUGUCGUUUACCUUGUGAAGAAGAAUAUCCAUGUGGCCAUAAGUGCAAACUAAGGUGUCAUGGCCCUAGACCUCCUCCUAAUUCCGAAUUUACAUUGAAACCAAAGAAAAAGAAGUCAAUACAUCAGAGCGAGUGUACACCAGGUUCUGUAUGCCCUCCUUGUCCAGAACUGGUUUGGAGGUCAUGCCUCGGGCAGCACAUUGGAGCAGAGAGAAUGAUGGUCUGCUCCAAUAGAACACAGUUUUCCUGUGAAAAUUUGUGUGGAAAUCUUCUAUCUUGCUGUAAUCAUUAUUGUACAAAAACCUGCCAUACUCUGAAGAGCCUACCUGCAACACCCAUCCAGAACGAAAGAAGCGAGUCUUGUGAAGAGUGUUAUCUUCCUUGCCAAAAGGAGAGGAAGCCCACAUGUUCUCAUCAUUGCCCCCUGCCAUGUCAUCCUGGAGAAUCCCCAUGCAAAGUGCUUGUAAAACGAUCAUGCCACUGUGGUGCAAUGGUCCAUGUUUUUGAGUGCAUAUACUACAAUGGGUUGUCUGAAAAAGAGCAGAUGAUUGUUCGCUCAUGCAGUGGGCCUUGUCAUAGGAAGUUGCCCAAUUGCACCCAUCUAUGUCCAGAGACAUGUCAUCCUGGUGAAUGCCCAUCACCUCAAAAGUGCUCUAAGAAGAUUUUUGUUCGUUGUAAAUGCCAAACCUUGAAAAGAGAGUGGUUAUGUCGAGAUGUUCAAGCAGCCUAUAGGAAUGCUGGCUGUGAUCCCAGAGAUAUACCAAAAAAUCAGUAUGGGCUUGGACUUCUUUCAUGCAAUUGUGAUUGCAAGAGCAAAGUACAGGUUGCUACUUCAGAAUUACAGUUGCGUAAAUCAAAGGUGGUGGAGGAAAAGGAGCCAGAUACUGAAAAGAAUGUACGAAAGCGCAGAAAAAGACGAGAACGGAUACAAGACGCAGAGCAAAUCUCACGACUACAGAAAAUUGCUGCGACUGUGAAGUGGCUUCUUCUUUUCAUCGCCCUCGCGGUGGUCAUAAUUGCUGUGGCAAAUUAUUGUUACAAGGGUCUCAUUUGGCUCUCUGAUUGGAUGAAUCAAGUUGAAGAACAAAGACACAGAAGAAGAUACACUCGGGUCUAACCAUUCUCUAGUCUUCUUGCUUUGCUCUUCUAAUGCUUGAUGUGGAUUGAUUUACAAAAGGACACUACUACUACAAUGAAAUUCUUUUUGCAUUGAUUGCUUACCAAAUAAUCUUUACCAUGAUACUCAUCCAAUGUACGGACACACCUAUUUGAUCAUGUCGGUCAAUUAAAAAAAAUUGCAAA